AUGAUAAACUUUGAUUGGUUAAAGAGGAGUAUCUNUGUUCUUAAUUAAGCUGUUAGUAAAACCCAAUAUUAUCUAAUCAGAGAUAUAUUAAAUGCUAAAGUCUAAAUUAAUAAGUAAGAUAAAAAAGGUAAUGGUCCAUUGCAUAAUUUGAUUCCAUCCUUUAAAAAAAAUCUACAAGAAGCCACAAGAAUUGGACAUUUAUUAAUAGAAAGAGGUGCUGAUCCUAAUUUAAGGAAUAUCAAUAAUAAUACACCUCUUCAUUUAGCUAUCAAGAAAUCAUCAUACUCUGCAUUGAGAUUUGCUAUGUCCAUAAAUGAAUAAUACUAACGUGAUGUAUUUUCUUUCAAAUUACUCGGUCACAAAGGCAAUUCGGGUAUCAAUUAUAAAUUAAUUAGUUAUGCAUUUUGCUGCCAAAAGUGAAAAUAUUAAAAUAAUUUUGUAACUUUAUGCUAUUAAUCCUUAUUUAUUAUUUACUUAUAAUGAGGAUCAAAAACGGCCUUUUGAUAUCAUACAAAAGAACUUCACUUUGAGUAAACUCAUUUCUGUUUUAGAACUUGUCUUCAUAAAAAACCAUAUUAUAAAAUAACAUUAAAAAACAAAUAGUUAAUCUACUGGAUAACUUAUUAAAGAGGAACAAACAACAUAAAUAAAAUAAAAAGAAUAAGAUAUUUAAUUUUCAAAGAAAAAUAGUUUUGAUUUAGUUGAAUCAGAUGAAGAAGGUACAAAUAGAAUUGGACUUAAUAAUUUUUAAAUAUUACCUAAUUUAAAAAGACAAUAAUCUUAACCACCUAGAAGACCAACAAUUAAGAAAGAGAAUAAGGUGUCUUGUGAAAAUGUUGGACAAAUAUUAAUACAUAAAUCUAUUUAAUAGGAUAGAAAUGAUAUUAAAUAAAUAGAAUUGUAAAAUUAAUAAAAUAACAGCAAAUUUAAUAAAAAUAAAUUUAUUAAUAAAUGGAUUCAUAAAUUAUUAAAAGAUAUAGAAAAUAUUUAAAUUUUAAUGUAGACAUAAAAAGAUUAUUACUCUUAAAUUGCUUUAGAGAAUUUAUUAAAUGCUUUAAUUUAAUAAUUAAAUUAUUACAAAAAUGAUCCACUUACAAAUUUAAUGAUUAAAAAUGCUACUUAAUUAUAGAAAAUAGAAUUUGAAUGUAGACAAACAACAAACCUUUCUUAUGAUACUUCUCCGUUAUUCUUAGAAUAUGAAUAAUUUAUGAAGCUAUGA